AAACCUUUAAGUACAGUUUUUAUUUUAUUACAAAAUUCAUGGUCUCUGGAAGAUUCCCCUAUCUUCCGGCAAUUUCCGGGCAGUGGUUCGCAAGAAACUAAAAAAAAAAAAUCACAAAAAUGAACCAAGUCGAAGGGUAUAACCUGUAGCCAUCCCUGGGCAAACCUCUACCAGUUUUUUUUAAAAACUUUUCCCGUUUAAAAUCAAUUUGGUUCCUUGGUGAUAUUAGUUGGUGUGGCAGAUCACAAUAUGGAAAUAUCCCUGUGGUCUGCACAGCUAAACAGGUACAUACCUUAACAAAUAGGCUGAUAAGAUUUGACGCAGGUGGUUUUUCAUUUAAAACUCAAAGGAAAAGUUUCUGUAUCUCUAUCUACCUCAAAAUAAAUGCCAAGGGAAAAACAAAGAAAACAAUUUCAGGAGGGAUCUAACUGAAAGGAAUCCAUAUUUUCUGCAGAAGAAGCAUUGGAAGUAUUGGAUUUUUCCUCAUAGACUGAGGGCAUUGGAAGUGUUAAAGGUUGAAAAAUCUCUGAAUCUCAUCACAACCUCAUGCACAACUCUCGAUAAAAUUUUAAAAGGUGGAAUACCAAGUAACAGAAAUUUGAAUAUAGAAGUAACAGAAAUUUGUGGAUCCAGAAAAACACAACUUUGGUUCUUAAAAUAAUUAUCAUGGAAGGAUUAGAAGACAUCCAGUCCAAAGCUGUUAAGCAAAUUAUAUGUGAAAUGAAAGAAAUUUACGAAAUUUGGAAUGAAAUUGGGUUAAAUACUUUUCAAAAAGAAGAGAGAGUGAAAACUGCUUGGGACCAUAUUCAUGCUUUAGUAAGAGAUAUAAAAAAUGAAGAAAUCUGCAUUUGUGAAGAGAUAAAAGGCAAUGUCAGAUGUUUAACGGAAAAGGUGUCUGAACUUUCACAAACUUUAUCUGUGGAGGCUACUCCGGUUGCCGGUUUAACAUACUACCAGAGACUUGAAAAGUUACAGCAAGAUUAUGAUCGAUUUAAUGAUUUAAAAGAACAGAGAAUGAAGGAUGUGAAAAACCUUAGAAUUAUUGAGCAAAGUUACUGCAAGCUACUUGAUGUGGAAGAAUACAAAUUUUCCUCUAAUACUAAUAUUCCAUCAGAAGCAGAUUUGAAGGAGCUUCAACAGCAUAUAAAUAUGCUCAUUGAUGAGCACAACAAGCGGUAUGAAAUGUAUUGUCAGGCUAAGCAGCAGCUUUCUACUAUAUUGGAAGAAACUGAUGGAACCCCUUACGGAACAUUAGAAAAGCAUAUUUGCUCUGAGAAAGAGCCCAUUUCCUUGUCAAAAACAACUUUUCAAGAAAUAGAAGAAAUCAUUGCCAGAGCUAAAAAAAGAAAAGAAGAAUUGGAAAGUAAAAAGAAAAUUCUGACAGAUAGGUUAAAACUUCUCUGGAAUCGAUUAAAUAUAGAUAAUGAUAUUAAAAUUGAAUUCAUGUCUAAUCAUGUGAACUGUAAAGCUUCAACUUUAGCUGCAAUUAAGAGUGAAAUUAAUAAAUACGAAGAAAUGAAAAAUCAAAACUUGAUUUUAUAUAUUGGAUCUGCCAGAAAGGAGCUUACUGAAUUGUGGGAUAAAUGUGGAGCUUCAAAUUCAGAGAAAAAUAUGUUUGAUCCAUAUUUUAGUGAAGAUGUCACAGAAGGUGUUUUAAUUAUCCACGAAGAGGAAAUUGAAAGAUGGAAAAAAUAUUAUGAAGAGGUCUGCCACAUUUUGGAAAAAAUUGAAAAGAGGAAUAAGUUAUGGGAACUCUUAAAAGCUCAAGAUAAUAAAGUCAAUGAUCCUAAUAGAUUUAAAAAUCGUGGUGGAAACCUUCUUAAAGAGGAAAGGGAACGAAAUAAAUUGUUAAGAACACUUCCUACUCUUGAACAAGAAAUAAAUGAAGAUAUCGAAAAGUAUGAAGCUGAGAAGCGGAGGAAAUUUUUCUAUCUGGGCGAAGAUUACAGAAUUGUUAUUAUUAAUCAAUGGGGACAGCGUAUGAGUUGCAAAGAAAAUUUGAAACAGGAGAAUCAUCUGACACCUGCUAAACGGUUUCCUUUUAACACUCCUAAAAAGUCACCUGCUCCAAGAUUUGCCAUUUAUAGAUCUGGACUCACUCCAAAAAGUAACUCGAAAGUAAAAAGAGCAGUACAAAAACGCGAACUUGACGUUUUGAAAGAAGUUGGUAGUAAGUUAAAUGAAAACCCAACUUGUUCCAAUGCCACCACUUAUCCAGAUUUUGAAUUGGAUUUAAAUAAUGCAGCCAGAAAAAGUCUUCGAAGUUCUGCUAUUGCAUCCAAAAAAAUUGGUGGUACUAGGUCACCUAUGCAUUCUAAAAAAAGAAGAAGUUCUCCUAAGAAACGAUCGAUAAUAGUUGAAGAAGAAUUUUGAUUUAAAUUCAGUUCCGGAAAGGCUGGGUGGCCUUCUUUAAUGUGAAGGAUAUAUUUUCAAAAAUACUGUAAAUUUUGGUCAUGGAAUUGUGUAAAUUUCUUUGGAAAUAGUCUUCCUAUAGCUUGUUUUUAUUUAGCAUAUGUCCAUUUACUAAUUCUUUGCUCUAGAUUAAUUUUAGAGGAAUUUUCCUUGAAAUUAAAACGAAUGAAGUAUUUUAAAUUUCUUAAGACUGUACUGUAGAUUGUGUGUCGAUUAU